AUGCUGAUGAACGCCUGCCGUGACGAACGCCCCGCGAUCCGCAUCGCCUGCAGGACGGACGGCCACCACAAUCAACGACGGAUGCACUUCCGAUCACACGUAUCCGCAGCCACAGUUAACGAACUUCUCUUCGCCGAAGACCACGCCCUCAACGUCACCUCGGAAGGGGACAUGCAAAGGAGAAUGAAUUUCUUCCCCGCCGCCUGCGAGAACUUCGGUCUGAUCACCAACACUGAGAAGACUGUUUUCAUGCCCCAAACGCCAUCCAGCACAGCCCCCACAACGUGCCGCAAAUCACCGUGAACGGAACUCAACUGCAAGCGGUGGUCAACUUCCCGUAGCUGGGCAGUACUCUUUUCUGCAGCACGAAAAUCGACGACGAAGUAGCCCGCCGGAUUUCCAAGGCCAGUCGAGCCUUCUGCCGUCUUCAAAGUAUAAUUUGGAAUCGCCCCGGUCUUCAUCUCCGCAAGAAACUGAAGAUGUAGAAGGCCGUCAUCAUCCGAUCUUGCUCUAUGGAGCAGAGACUUGGACGGUAUACACGAAGCCGGCACGCGGAUUCAAUCACUUCCGUCUCAGUUGUCUUUGACGCAUACUGAAGUGGAGGUGACAGACCCGAGUCCCGGACACUGAUAUAUUGGAGCGGACUGAAAUCCUCAGAAUCUACGCCAUGCUGAGACAACUGCAACUUUGUUGAAGUGGUCAUCUCGUGCGGAUGGACAACGACCGGCUACCCAAAUGAGUAUUCUGUGGAGAUGUUGCCACGGGUUCCCGCCGCCAAGGAGGCUAAAUUCGUCGAUACAAGGAUACUCUGAAAUCCUCCCUUAAGCAUUUGCAAAUCAAUCCGGCCAACUUCGAAUACCUCGCCUGAGACGGACCGACCUAGCGGAGGUCAGUGAAGACAGACGCCGCGAUCCACGAAGCCAACCGCAUCGCCGCCACGAAAGCUAAACACGAAACCCGCAAGUCUCAGCUGCGCCCACCCCGCAGUGCCAUCGCACAACCGCCUCCAAUGCGUCCGCAGUGUCAGCGGACAUUCCGGGCGCGGAUUGAAUAUGCCGGACACCUUCCGAUCAACUGCAUCAUUCGGACAGCGCCAGUCGUCGUCCCACCGUUUACCUUCUCCUCAUCAUCUGCGUCGCCGAAUAACUAUGACCGUCCUCCCGAAUCACCGCUCCCUUCCUCCUCCUCCUCCUCGUCCUCGUCCUCGUCGUCGUCGUCCUCCUCCUCCUCCUCCUCCUCCUCCUCCUCCUCCUUCUCCUCCUAUCCCUGCCCCCACUUCUUCUCCUCAUCCGCUGCCACAACGUCGGCCACUGUGGCGCCUGUCACGCACAUAAGGACUACCCCAACCUGA